CUAAGAAACGAAAAAGUAAAAAAUGUCUGCUACUCUCUAUUUGAAUGAAAUCAUUCGUAUCGCACAAGGUUCAAGAAUGAGCUGUAGCUUUAGCGCGAAGACUGUUUACGUCGACACUUGUAUAUACUGUCAUAAUAUUUAAAUGAGCGUUGUUAGUAAAUCGGUGGUAGAUCGUGAAUGUCAUGAUACCUCAUGAUGAAACAAAAUUUGAAGUUGUACCAAUAAAUAAUAAUAAUUCUACAGGAAAAAAUGAAUCUGUCAUUUUUGUUGAACAAUUUGUUAAAGAUGUGUGCGACUUUAGUUCUCAGUAUGGUAGCAAUAUCAGUAUUUCCUAUACAGCAUACAAUGUUGCUGGAAACCCAAGUAAAUUCCCUGAUUAUGGAGACUUUCCACAAGCCUUUGUCAUGAGAACGUAUGGACCAUGGUGGAAUAAAGCACCUUCAAGGUUAAGUGAUUACAUGAUACAGAAUAAUGAAAGUGUAAUUAGCCAAGAUUAUAUUGAUGUUGAAUAUUAUCAAGAGGUAUAUCCUAUACGAAUAUCAAUAUAUGAAACCUAUAAUCCAGGCAGUGUAGUUGGUAUAUGGGUACAAAAUCCUUGUGGGCAAUGGUUUCAGUUAUGGAAUGGACCACCUCAAUUUGUACCUCAGAGACCACGCAUAUUUUCACCACCUUUAAAGACUUGUCAUUUUAAAACAAAAAUGGUUAGAUUAGAAUUUAAUCAUGACUUAUUGGAUUACUAUACAGAAUUGGAUGCUGUACUUCUCAUUGGGACAUCUGAAUUGAUAAUGCCUCGCAAUCAUAUGUACCAUCAAAAUUUAAGUAAUUUGUUACAAGAGUUAGGCUGUAAUGGAUAUAAUGAGGAUAUAUAUAAUUUAACACCUGAUUAUUUGAAAGCUAAUCAAGAUUUGACUAUACUUAAAAAAAUGUUUCAUAAAUACUGCAUUCUCUAUAACAGCAGAAUAAUGGAUAAUAUAUCUAAAGGCAAGUUAGUUACUACAUUAGAACAACAUUGCCAUUCCGUACCACCUAUAGAAGAGGCAUUUAAUAGUUUACAAGAAUUUUUACAGGAAGAGUUCCCUAAACUUAUACGAGAGAUGCAUCUUUCUUCAUCCUCUCCAAUAUGUAGGAUAUCUUUACCAAAUGACAAGAACAUAUUGUCAACUUUAAAUAACUUUGAUAGUCGACCAUGUGGUAGUUUUUCUGCACUUCCAGAUGAAACAGUUCUAAAAAUUUUAAGAAAUCUAGAUUUAAAGACACUUUGUCGUUUAUGCAGAGUAAACCGACAUUUUAGUAAUAUAGCAAGAGAUGCUCUUCUCUACACAAGUCUGAAUUUGAAACCAUAUUGGUAUUGCCUGAAUGAUCACGCACUAAAACAUUUAAUUCCAAGGUGUCAAUACUUACAACGUUUAGAUUUAUCAUGGUGUGGUAAUUAUAACAUGAUUAGUGACAAAGAUCUUGUAGAUUUUAUUCAUUCUUGUGGUAGUCUUCUGACACAUCUACGUUUAAAUUGUUGUCGCUCUAUUAAUGAUAUAGUAAUUCUUGAAGUUUCAAGAAUUUGUAAAAACUUAAAAGAAUUAUGCUUGCGUAAUUGUAUGGGUAUUACAAAUGAUGGAUUUUCAAAGUUGGAGAAACUACAGUGCCUUGAACGCCUGGAACUUUAUGGAACUGCAAUCGAAACUUCUAUUUUGUGUUCAAUUUUAAGAAGAAAUCCUCAAAUGAGACAUUUAAAUUUAGCUGGAAUGCAUGAUCGUUUAAAUGUAGAUGAAGUAGCAAUUGAAUUAGGAAACUCUUGUCUACAAUUGGAAAGCGUAGACUUUUGGAAAGCACAAACUCUCACACCACAUGGUGUAAGAGCCCUUGCUCGAUGUAUUAACCUUCGAGAGGUUGAUUUUGGAUGGUGUGGUGGAAUGGGUGCUCCUGGUGAUUCAUUAAGGGCAUUAUUAUCUUCUUGUCGUUAUUUAGAAAAAGUAUUUUUGGCUGCAUUAAGAGGAUUAACAGAUAGAGAUUUAGAGCCAUUGUUACUCUGCCAACGUUUGCAACAAUUAGAUUUGUUAGGAGCACGUUCCCUCACUCCCGACAUGUGUUAUGGAUUUUUAUUAUGGUGCCCUAAAUUGGAAAUGAUUGAUCUUAGUUUUUGCGAAGGUAUCACAGAUUCAAAAAUUCAAGAAUGGCGACGAAAGUAUCCACAUAUAUCAUUCAAAAGAAGUUUUCAAGCUAAUGGAACGGAUUUAUUAUAAAGUGUUUCUCUGUAUUCAAAAUCCAAUUUCUUAAAAGUUCAAACAAAUUCAGAAAGUUAAAUAUUUCUGAUUGUAAGACUGGAAUUUAUUAGAAAGAUACAAUUAUAACUAUGCAAAUAAAUUGAUGCAUUGCAAGAAUGCAUCUUAAUUCUA